AUGAGCCACCCAGCACCACCAGCACCACCUCCACCUUUCCCUUUUGACGACAAACAGCCACCAACCCAUCAACAGUCGCAUUUUGUACCCACCACGAACAUCACCGCUAUCCCCACGACCGAGCAACUACCGCCACCAUCUCACUCCUCGCCCUAUUUUUAUUAUCCAUCGUCAUCCACAUCGUGGCCAUCCGCUACUGCAAUAGCACAUGAGCAGCAACAACCACAACCACAACAGGAUCAAUCACCACAACAUCAACAGCAUCCAUUAUCCACCACACCCCAAGACCACUUGACUCGCCCCAAAUUGACCACAUCCAUAUGGGAAGAUCAAAACACCAUUUGUUAUCAGGUGGAUGCACGCGGCAUUUGUGUUGCACGGCGACAAGAUAACGACAUGGUGAAUGGUACCAAGCUGUUGAAUGUCACUGGUAUCUCAAGGGGAAAGCGGGAUGGUAUUCUUAAAAACGAACGGGGCCGUGUGGUUGUCAAAGUCGGUGCUAUGCAUUUGAAAGGCGUGUGGAUCACGUUCGCACGUGCCAAAGCACUUGCUUCACAAUUCAACAUUGACAAAGUGCUUCAUCCAUUAUUCGAAGACGACCCUACCCUAUUCUUUGGUCAUCAGCCGCCUUUUUCAUCAUCAUUUUGCCCACCACCACCUGUGCCAGCAGCACCCUUUUAUCUUGCAUCGCAACAACAACAACAACAACAACAACAUCAGCAUCAUCAACAUCAGCCAACAACAACAACAACAACAUACCAUCAACAACAUCAUCCUCAGCAUUCAUCCAACGAAACGUCUACUAUUAGUACGACAACGACAAUGACAACGUCGCCUGAACAUCAUAUGCCAGUGUAUAGCAAUAAUAGCAGCACCUAUAGUCACACAACACAACAACAGCAACCAUCAGACGAAUGCUGGGAUCUUCAACAAUUGGUGUUGGGAAACUCUUCAAUCUUGUCUGACUCGGCACCUGGCACCCCAGAUGUGACAAACAUGUUUCCUCCACAUGAUGUCUCAGCUGCUAUUUCUUCACCUGCAACCACAAUGGCACCUUAUCACUACUCGUUCGCAUCCAUGAUGACCCUUCCUUCAUCACAACACCAGCAUCGGGAUGACUUGGAUGAGUUGUACCGUUUUCAUCCACAUUAA